GACUAAUAAAGUCCUUCACGGACAACCGGCUGGUUGGUCCGGUGAAGGCAUGACUAAUAAAGCCCUUCACGGACAACCGGCUGGUUGGUCUGGUGAAGGCACGCUUAAACAUUCAGGCCAUUGUGUAUGAAGAAAAGCUCUUUUUAUAAAGAAAAGGAGCCAUCUUUAUAAAGAAAAGGAGAUGUGGUAGUUUGGUACUCAUCAAGUAGGCUGAUGACAGGAGUUCAAUUCAGGACCACUCCAACUGUCAAGAAGCAAGCACGGAACUCACCACACGCACCAACCUAAUCGAGUUGCGAGCUGCUGAAAGAAACGGCCCAGAGCUUCUUGUUCUCCGGAACAAAACCUUUUAGAAUUUUCGCCAUGGCCUCUGCGGACAAUGGAGCACCGAAGGAACCGGUGGAAAAUGAAAAACAGGGUAGUUGUGCCCAUUGCAACAGACCUGACUCCUACGACAACUACGUUCAGUGUGACCGCUGUCAUGCCUGGUGGCAUUAUUUGUGCGCUGGCGUAAAUGACUCAGUAGCCGACCGGUCGUUCACGUGUGAAGCUUGUUCCCCCGUCAGUGUGUCAUCUCGCGCAUCCUCAUCUAGCAGCAGGGUAGCAGCCAUAGGCGAAACUACUGGGGCGAUGCAAAUUCGCCUGCGGGAAAUGGAAGAACAGUUUAAAAAGGCUCGGCAGGAGCUCGAGAAUGAACGACAAGCAUUCGAAAAGGAGAGGAAAUUACUACAACAAGAAAAGGUAAACGACCGCCGUGACGAUCAACGGACCGUCGAAUGGGUCGAGGCACACGGCGGAUACGGGACUAGCGCCAAAGGUCAAACAGCCGACCGGGAAGCAGCUGCAGCUACCGACCCACAUCGCCAGGGAAAUGUACAGGACGUAACCUCCCUCAACCCAGCCGCUAUUUCUUCCGCAAUGCAAGCGGCAAUCAACGCAGCGGUACAAGCGGCCGUGCAAGCGGCAUUCCAAACGGCCAAUCCUACUCGGAUUCAUCAGCAACCGUCUGGUUCCGAAGCGCCGCCUCGAUAUAGGGGAGCGGUUCCUAAAUCGAAGCCCAAAGAUCUCUCUUCUACCAGGAUUGGGAAUGAUGAAGUAGGUAGCCUACAAAAAGGUAAACAAGAUACUCCUCUCCCCCCCCCCGAAAAACCAUCAGGUAAGUCGCUCAAAAAUCAAACUCUCACCUCAAAUUACGAUCAGUGGAUCCAAGAAAUUACGAAAAGGUUCGGCAAUACCAACCUAGGCCACCCUACGGCCCCUGAAAUGCCUUCCGUUGGAACUGUCCCUUUGCAACCAGGGCAGCCGGCGAAAUCCAUUCAAAUUUCUACUUCGGAAUGGAACAAAGUUACCAAUGAUGUGCCAAAACUUGAUGUCACUCUUGGCACUGGCCCAAAUUUCAAUAAUUUGAACCUUCCAACUCAGGCAAACGUAUACCCGGUCUCUGUCAAUGCCUUGGGAUCCUUGGGUACGCCGUUAUACAUUCCCACCCCCUCGCAGCUAGCCGCAAGGCAAGUGAUGCCCCGCGAUUUACCGUCGUUCAAUGGUGAUCCCGCGGAUUGGCCCAUGUUCAUAAGUAGUUUUGUCAAUACAACGCUCGCGUGUGGUUAUACCAGUGCAGAAAAUCUUGCUCGUUUGCAACGGAGUUUAAAAGGUGAUGCGUAUGAGGCUGUCAGGAGCCGCCUGUUGCUUCCGGAUACUGUUCCCCAGGUGCUGAACACGUUGCAGUUACUGUAUGGACGUCCGGAGCUGCUGAUAAAUGCACUUCUUCAGAAGGUUCGAUCGGUUCCAGCCCCGAAAGCAGAAAAACUCGAGACGCUAAUAGAGUUCGGUAUGGCAGUUCAAAGUCUUUGCGACCAUCUGGAAGCGGCUGGUCAGCAUACUCAUCCCUCUAAUCCAACGCUGCUGAUGGAGUUAGUAGAGAAGCUCCCUGCCCACACGAAAAUGGAGUGGGCAUCCUUUCUGCAAAGAUGCCCGGAGGUGAACCUGCAGAGCUUUGGUGUGUUCAUGUCGUCGAUCGUGAUUUCAGCCACAAAAGUGACGGGUUAUGCUGCCGGACUCAAACCGAGUACAUCGGACAAGUACAAAGGGAAGCCAAAAGGAUUCAUCAACGCCCAUGACGGAAACGGAGAAGAAAAGGUGCAAGAAGAUAGAGUGUGUUGUGUAUGUGACGAAUCAGGGCAUCGUGUGACAGAAUGUGAAUUAUUCAGAUCAUUUUCCGUGGACGGCCGAUGGAAGUGCGUGCAGUCCAACGGACUGUGCCGUAACUGUUUGAACGCUCAUGGGAGGAGAAGCUGCCGCUACAGCAGAUGUUGUGGAGUCGGAGGGUGUGAGUUUCGUCAUCAUCCUCUCCUGCACUCGGAUCGAAGCACCAGGACGUCAUAUGAUGGAACGCCCAAGGGAACCGCAAGCAACAACACUCAUCGACCCGCGAAGCAAUCUACGUUAUUCCGCAUUGUUCCUGUUACGCUCUACGGCCCGAAAACUUCAGUCAAGACCUACGCAUUUCUCGAUGACGGCUCGUCAUUCACGCUUGUCGAGGAAGAGCUUAUAAAUGAACUAGGAAUUAGGGGAUCAUCGAUGCCUCUUUGUCUGACGUGGACCGCUAACAUGACACGAUCAGAAUCCAACUCGGAGGUAGUACACCUAUCGAUAACUGGUACGGGUGACAAGAAACGGAUGGAAAUGAUUGCCCAUACAGUGCAGAAUCUUGGUCUUGCUAGUCAGAACUUAAAUUAUGGCGAUCUCGUCAAGAGGUUCCAGCACCUUAAAGGUCUGCGAUAA